AUGGAUGAAGGGGAUGAAAUGCCCGGAAAUAAGCCUUUAAGGCUUCCAAAGAAAGCAGCCAAAGUCAAGAACAAAGCUCCUGCAGCGCUUCAAAUUACUGCUGAACAGCUUUUACGAGAGGCUAAAGAGCGCGAGCUUGAAAUUGUGGCUCCUCCGCCAAAAACUAAAAUUUCGGAUCCAGAAGAAUUAGCAGAGUAUCAACGCAAAAGAAGGAAGGAGUUUGAAGACAAUAUUCGGAAGAAUAGGAAUCAGAUUGCGAACUGGGUAAAGUAUGCUAAGUGGGAAGAAAACAUUGGUGAAAUGCAGCGUGCUCGUUCGGUUUUCGAGCGUGCCUUGGAUGUUGAUCAUCGCUCAAUUACGCUGUGGUUGCAAUACGCCGAGUUAGAAAUGAGAAAUAAGCAGAUUAAUCAUGCGAGGAAUAUUUGGGAUAGAGCAGUGCAGAUUUUGCCGCGAGCUACGCAGUUUUGGCUAAAGUAUUCAUAUAUGGAAGAGCUUAUAGGGAAUAUCCCAGGUGCUCGACAGGUCUUCGAAAGAUGGAUGGAGUGGGAACCUCCAGAACAGGCGUGGCAGACGUAUAUCAAUUUUGAACUACGGUACAAGGAAAUAAAUCGUGCAAGAGCGAUAUGGCAGCGAUUUUUGCAUAUCCAUGGUCAUGAUGUAAAGUUAUGGAUUCGCUAUGCAAAGUUUGAAGAACGAUCGGGUUCUAUUCCUAAUGCUCGAAGUGUUUAUGAACGUGGACUGGAAUAUUUUGGUGAAGAAAAUUUGAGCGAAACACUUUUAAUUGCUUUUGCCCAAUUUGAAGAAAGACAGAAAGAACAUGAAAGAGCCAGAGUUAUAUAUCGAUAUGGUCUUGAUCAUCUCCCAUCUGACAGGACUGUCGAAAUUUUCAAAUUCUAUACCAUACAUGAAAAGAAAUAUGGUGAGCGAGCAGGUAUUGAAAACGUGAUUGUCAGUAAAAGGCGGCACCAGUAUGAAAAGCAAAUUGCUGAAAAUUCUUAUAAUUACGAUGCAUGGUUCGAUUUUAUUCGUUUGUUGCAAAACGAAAGGAUUGAUAGGGAGGAAAUGGAAGAUACUUUUGAAAGAGCAAUUGCUAACGUCCCUCUUCAACCAGACAAGAGGAUAUGUUGCUGCCAGUUGUCUUACUAUGAUUCUAAUAUUUGUUUUAUUUUGGUGGUAUUUCUUCUAUCUCCACUGUAUUUAUUUAGGUACUGGAGGCGGUAUAUUUAUUUAUGGAUCAAUUACUUCCUUUAUGAAGAACUAGAAAUGAACGAUGUUGAGAAAACUAGAGAAAUUUACAAGACUUGCUUACAGAUCAUUCCACAUAAAACAUUCACAUUUGCUAAAAUAUGGAUCAUGUUUGCUCAUUUUGAAAUAAGACAACUCGAGCUUCAAAGCGCUCGAAAAAUCAUGGGUCAUGCUAUUGGAUUAUGUCCGAAAGAAAAACUAUUUAGGUCGUAUAUUGAUUUGGAAUUGCAACUUAGGGAAUUUGACCGAUGUAGAGUUUUGUAUGGAAAGUUUUUGGAGUAUAUGCCAGAAAAUAGCAGUACAUGGAUAAAAUUUGCUGAACUGGAAACUCUUUUGGGCGACCUUGAUCGUGCUCGGGCUAUAUUCAAUCUCGCCAUUCAACAACCUGCUUUGGACAUGCCUGAGGUUUUAUGGAAAGCUUAUAUUGAUUUUGAAGUGAAUCAGGAAGAGUAUGCAAAUGCUCGCCAGUUGUACGAGAGUUUAUUGGAGCGUACUAACCAUAUAAAGGUUUGGAUUAGUAUGGCGGAGUUCGAAAUAAGAUGUGGGAACUUAGAAUCGGCAAGGAAGGUGUUUGAAAAAGCGAAAUUAGCACUUACUAACAACGCUAAGGAAGAAAGAUUGAUGCUUUUAGAAGCUUGGUUGCAGUUUGAAAGCAAAAAUGGUGAUGAGGAUUCUUAUAAAAAAGUGUUGCAAAUGAUGCCAAAAAAAGUUAAAAAGCGUCGACAAUUGGAAACAGAUGAUGGUGUUAGUGCAGGAUGGGAAGAGUACUUUGACUACAUCUUCCCAGAUGACCAAGCCUCUAAAGGUAGCUUGAAACUAUUAGAAGCUGCUCGGAAGUGGAAGGAGCGCUUCAAAACUUCAGAAGAUGUGGUAGAAAAGGAUGCGCCAGAGAAGGAGGAUGAAGAAAAACAGGAGGAAGCAACUUCCAGAGAACUGAAAGUUCGAGAAGAUGAUUCAGAUACAGAUAUUGACUCUGACUCAUCUGACUCAUCAUCAAGUUCAGAUUCAAGUUCCUCCACUUCAAGCUCAUCGUCAUCUUCCGAUAACAGUUAA